AGGAAGAUUAGGGUUUUUCAUCUUCGUAUAUACCCUUAAAUAAAUUCAGCUUUUUGCUCUUUUGAAGUAUUUGUGGGAAACCCUUUGUUUAUGAAGCAGAGCAAUAAAAUCCGGUGAGUGGGGCGAGCUUAGAAUUAGAAUCAAGCAUGGGAUCCAAAACCAAAGGCCACAAGGCCAAAACUAAGAACAAGAACAAACCUGAUUCUGUCCAUAGCGACAACAAUGAGGAAAGCGGCGGUGGCAAGAUAAUUAAGGAUGCUCGAUUUGCUUCUCUACACUCGGACCCUCGUUUUCAGAAGGUCCCGAAACGCAAGACAAAGGUUGUCAUUGAUUCUCGUUUCAAUCGGAUGUUCACUGACAAGAGGUUUGCUUCAUCUUCAGCGCCUUUGGAUAAGCGAGGGAAGCCCAAGAAGGGAAACACCCAGAGCUCUCUUCGCCAUUAUUAUCACCUUGAAGAAGAAGAAGGGGUAGAGGACAAGAGAAAGAAAGCUGCUCUGAGUGAAGAGGAUGGUACUGAGGAGGAGAGUGAUACUAGUGAAAUGCCUCAAAUGGACAGCGAUGGGGAGUUGGAAGAGGAGGAAAUAUCAGAAACCGGUUCCACGACCGAAGAGGAAGAUAUUGAUAUAGAUUACGAGGAUGGAGAGCCUGAAAUACAGGAAGAAAAUAUCCCAAUGAUUGAAAAGGAAACCCGCAGGCUUGCAGUUGUGAAUAUGGAUUGGAGGCAUGUUAAGGCUGCUGACUUGUAUGUAAUGUUAAGCUCAUUUCUUCCGAAAGAUGGACAAAUUAUUUCAGUCGCUGUUUAUCCAUCUGAAUUUGGACUUCAGCGCAUGAAAGAGGAGGAAAUUCAUGGACCAGUAGGCCUAUUUGAUGGUGAAAAUGAGGAUAAUGAUGAAGAUGGUGAUGAUGAAAUUGAUAAUGAAAAAUUGCGUGAAUAUGAGAGAAGUAGGCUAAGAUACUACUAUGCAGUGGUAGAAUGUAAUUCUAGUGCAACAGCAGAUUACUUGUACAAAAGUUGUGAUGGAGCUGAGUUUGAAAGGUCAUCAAAUGUGCUUGAUUUGAGAUUCAUUCCUGAUUCUAUGGAAUUUAAACAUGAACCCCGUGAUGUAGCAGUUGAGGCACCUGCAAAUUAUGAGGGUUUAAAUUUCCAAACCCAAGCACUGCAGCAAAGUAAAAUUAAUCUUUCAUGGGAUGAAGAUGAACCACAACGAGGGAAGAUUUUGAAACGAAAACUCAAUGAUGAACAGCUGGCUGACUUGGAGUUAAGGGAGUUUCUGGCUUCUGAUGAGAGUGAAAGUGACGAUGAUGAUGAUGAGAAUGAAGACACCACUAAGGAUCAACCUGAUAAGAAAAAUAAGAAAAGAGAUUUAUACCGUGCCUUACUCCAGUCUGGUGAUGGUUCUGAUGGAGAUGGUGAGGAGGGUGGCCAGGAUAUGGAAGUGACUUUCAAUACUGGCCUUGAGGAUAUAAGUAAGCGUAUUCUGGAGAAGAAAGAUAAGCAAGCAGAAACAGUUUGGGAGGCCUAUCUCCGGAAAAGACGGGAGAAAAAGAAGUCCAAGAAAAAUAAAUCUAAAUAUUCAUCAGAGGAUGAGACUGACGAUACUGAUAUAGAAGAAGCUACAGAAGAAGCUGAUGACUUUUUCGUUGAAGAGCCUUCUCUAAAAAAGAGUAAGAAAGAAAGGAAGAAACAUGAAGAUGCGGAGAAGGAAGCUGAAGCAAGUAGAGCAGAACUUGAGUUAUUACUCACUGAUGACAAGGGAGCUGAUACUGGUCUUAAGGGAUACAAUCUAAAAGCUAAAAAGGCUAAGGGGAAAAAGCAAAAAGAAGUGUUGGAUGUGGAAAAAAUACCAGUUGUCGAAGAUGAUCCUCGAUUUUCUGCUCUCUUUACAUCACCUCUUUUUGCUUUGGAUCCCACUGACCCGCGGUACAAAAGGAGUGCAACUUAUGCUCGACAAAUAGCAAAAAAGCUGCAGAAAGGUGAACAGCAAGAAUUGGCUGCAGAGGACACAAAAAUACCCACCGAUGGUCAGCUCUCAGCUGAUGAUCCUGGAAUGUACAAAGCUGAGCAUGAGAACUCCGAUAUUUUACCUUCAAAGGAGAAGCAUAACUUGUCUUCAAUGGUGAGAUCAGUGAAGAUGAAGUUAAAACAAGUUCAACUGCCCUCCGAGCGCAAGGUUUCCAAGAAAAGUGUAUCAGGCAUGGGGGGGAAAAAGGAGAAGCAUCGAGUUCAUUCAAAGAACAAGGCGAAGUAUUUGAAUGAAUGAAACAGAUUGUCAUUUCUGGAGAUGAUUUAGGGUAUAAGUUUCUGUGCAGCCCAAAGGAUUAGAUUAAAGCAAGAGCAGCAGGUGAAUUGGCUCUCUAUUGUUAGUGUUGGAUUGGUACAUCUUCAAUUGUUGAAACCAUUUAUUUCAGUCUUGUUUCACACUUAUUUAUAAUUUAAUAUAAAUGAAUCAUUACAUUAUUAGCCUUA